AAGCGAUUGAAUUUGAUUUUAUUAUGAUUUAAGAUGAACAAUUGUGUAGGAUGAUAUAUAUAGUACUAUUUUAGAUCAACAUUGGAAUUUGAAUUCGAAUUGGAAUUUCCUUUCUUUCGUUCACAUUCACCUAUUCUUGAUUUUGACCUUUUUUUUAAUUUAUGAUAUUCGAAGUACUGUUGCUAUUUUUUUUUAAUUUUUCGUAAUGGUAAAAUUUUAUCCUAUUUGCAAAUUUUCUCAAGCUUCCGAUUGGUUAAGAACAACUGGAAUUUUGACUUUCUAUUUUGAGUUUUCUAAUCCAUAGAAUGAUGCAAUUUCAUAUGGGGAUUCUUGUUUUUGUUUGAUGCAUUCAGUAGGUGGUUUUUUUUAUCAGUGACAAUAACCAUUAUAAACUCACACACAUCCCUACUAUUCAAAGUUCGAGCCCUGUUGUUUGUGUCCAAUCUAAGCAAUAUCGGCUUUUUGCUAAUUGAGCUAGGAUUUGCGGACAUCAGAGAUGGUUUUUUGUUCAAUGGAAAUGCUAUUCAGAAUAUUCUGUUUUAGAAGCCUAUUUAUAAGCCGAGUACAUGAUACUGAAAAAUCUAAUGGAAGAAAAGCAGUUGGAUUUUAAUCAGCCACUUUUAUCAGUCAGGCGAUUCUCGUCGACAGCAUCAUCUGAAAACAAGGGUAAAAAGAAAACUGAAAAAGCAACAUCAAAACGAACUCGUCUUCCUGCUUACAAAUCAGAGUUAAAAUCAGGUCCAGUGAGUAAUCCCGGAAGUGUUCCUUUUGUAUGGGAGAAGAGUCCCGGAAGACCGAAGAAUGAAAGCCAAUUACAAACAAAGGAAGAACCUCUUGUUGCUCCUAAGCUUCCACCUGGAAGGGUUUUAAAAGUCGAACAACAAGAUUUCGAUAAAAGUUCUAAGGGCGCGUCUGUUACUCAGUCCAGAACAGAUAGCACUGUUUCCAACUCUAUCAGUGUUGCAUCUUUGGAUAGUAAAGACGAAAUUCACGAAGGAGGAAAAGAACUUGUUCUCGAAAAGGGAAGUUCUGGUUCGGAGAAUGAGGACGAGACCUAUCUAGAUGCUCUUGAAACACUUUCUAGAGCUGAAUCAUUCUUCAUGAACUGCAGUGUGAGUGGUUUGAGUGGAUGCGAUGAUAGAGAGGCUCAACCAUCUGAAAGUUUUUUGGCAGAUCAACAGGCUCGUGAUUUCAUGAUUGGUAGGUUCUUGCCUGCGGCAAAGGCAAUGGCUUCUGAAACAACACAUAUUCAAUAUGCGUCGAAGAAGCCAUUUGUUAGACAAGAACAACCUAGACUGGUACCUAAAGUAGAAAGUGUAGCCAAGUCCCGUCCUUUGGAUCAGAAGUGGAGAAAUAUUUUGCCACAUUAUACACAAGACACGGGUCAGGAUGAAAGUGAGGAUGAAAGCGAUGAUAAUGAUAAAUAUGAAAGCUAUGCACCAAAAGUUUGUGGUUUAUUUCCUCGGUUCUGCCUUUUGAGUCCAUUACCAGGAUUAAGAGUGGAGGAUGAUAAGAAUGUAAAUUCUGCAAUUCAUGGAGUGCGGGGUAAAACAAUUGCUUCUAGCAGAAGAACUGCAAAAGAGCAUCCUAGAACUGCUAAUUAUGGAGAAAAGUCCCAAUCUGGCUUUACAAAAGAGAACGAUCUUCUGUGUAAUCAGGAAAAAUCUAAGCAUGCCAUUGAUCCACAUCGAAGAGGUGUCGAUAAAUCAUCAGGCUCUGACAGAAAUCAAUUUGAACCAACAGGUGAAAGCCCUGUUGUUGAGAAAACUCUAUAUGUAGAUUCUGUACAUAAGGCUUCUUCUGAAAUGAAGUGUCGAAUUGAUCACAGAGAGGACGAUUUCAAUACUUUAAGAAAAUACAGUAGCAUCGAUAAAAAUCAUUUGAUAGGUUCUUCAAAUGAGGAUAACAAACACAUGGUUGCUGUGAAUGAGAAACCAGCAUUUCAGCCAAAAGGUUCAGUGUUUCUUGAUUCAUCCCUCCUGGUUUGUUCUGAAAAACCAAGUGAUGAUAUGCAAAUGAAGAAAAUGACUAAUCAUUCCAACAAAAUAAACACGGAAAAGCAAGGAAGUAACCUAGAUCGCAAUUUUGGUGUGGUGUCAAGAGUAGAAUUGGCCGAACACAAGAGAAUAGAGUCGAAAAAUGAAGUUUCAAGCAAUAAAACAAGUUCCAAUGGCAUAACUCAGAAUCCUGCCCCAUGGAGAAACUUGAAAUUGGCUAGUGACUCAGAUUUUUGUUUGAAGAUCCAACGGGCUGCAAAAUUGGCUGAUCAAGAUUGUGCUCAUGUUCACGAUUCUAAUGAGAAUCCUAGUAAUUUGAUUAGCUUAAAGGUGGUAGGUGGCAGGAAGAAUGGUUCAGAAAACCAGUUUCCUAUGAAGCUAGGCCAAUCAGUGAGAUCAAAUACUAGCUCUUUGAAGCUUCCUCUUGUCCUUCCUUCGCCAAAGGGUCCUUCAGAGUCUUGGCUUAAGCGCACCUUACCUACAGCUUCCUCCAAGAGUCUGUCUUCACGGUCUAACCUCGCCACCAGCAUUCAUACAUCAGCUCAAACUCCCAAUGCAGCAUUACCAGAUCCCAAGUGGGAAAUAAUAGUUAAAUCUUCGAAAGCUCAGCACGGACACCUGCGGUUUCCGGAGGAACUGGCGCCGAUUCCGGAAGCUUGACCUUUCGAAAGAGUGGACUUUGAUCAUUUGAUUUGCACUCUAAAUUUUGAACCUUUUUCUAAAUGUAAUUAUUUGCUCUCUGUUUUCAUCCCACAGGUUGGUCUCCUUUUUGGUUCUACAUACAUAUAGGUGAUAUACAUUUCAAAGUAUAAAUGACAGUUGUCUUUUUAUCCUGUAAAUUAAAUGUAAUAAGUGGUUUCAGUUCUAAAUUUUCAUUGUAAACCACACCAUUUUAAUGGUGAUAUGUUCCUACAAUAAUUCGCAGAGCAAAGGUCUCUUGCACAAAAAUAAUUGUAACUUCAAAGGAUGCUACAGAGAAUAAUUUUAUUUGAAUUGAAGAUCUCGCUCUUCAA